AUGGAUGCACAAAUGCACAUGGUUCGUCAUUACAGAGUUGACGACAAAGGAAAGCCUGUGUCUCUUCGGGACGAUUCAGUCCUAGCCUCAGCUCAAGACUUCACAUGUGCCACUUGUUUGAAGUUGAUGAGAGGCAUUGCUCGAUAUCGUCGGCUGGAACGUCAGGCUCUUCUUGGGGAAUCGGCUAAGAAACUGAUUGUGCUCGCCAAUCGAGUAUAUGUCCCUCUUGCAAAUGAGCUUUCCUUUAUUGUCCAAUUCUUAUCGCAGCUGAGUCCCCAAGUGAAUUUGAACUGGCCUGAAGUCAUUGAGAUCGGCGGUACACGUUGGGACCAGGUCAGCGCCAUGCGAGACGUUGUGAAUCAGACAAAUUAUGGUAGAUGGGAUGCGAUCCUUGAUCUGCGUGAGCGAAUCGAAUGGCAUCGUCGACUGAUUCAGCCGGAGGUGGAUACUAUCCAAAAUGUCCAAGAUCUCCUGAACAAGACCAUUGGCGAUGGCAACAAACGCAAUUUGAGCUCUGUCAUUGCCCUGCUCCAAACCAAGGUCCUGCUUCAAGUGAAUGCUCUCUUGGUCAGUCUCGAUAUCGCACUUCUUACAGACUUCUCCACCCUCUUGCCCAAAGCGCGGCCAUCGAAGGUGACAUUGAACCUUGAUAUGCAAGCCAUCGAAGACGACUGUAUCUGGCUCAUCCAUGAGGCGAUCAGCCACAAUAGGCUUUUCUACCAGGCAGAGGGCUAUCUCUAUCUUGCACUGGCUCAUGCAUUCGAGCGGAAACACAGCUUGUCCCCGGGGCGGAGGGAAACUCUUGCCCAUCAGAUUCGAGAGACCGUUGCUCGCGGCAAAGCCAUUUGCCAUUUGCACCCCGACCAGACACCAGGGUUGUUACCCCAGCUGGACUCCGUGGUCGCAAUGCUCAAUAAAAGCACAGUGCAUACGGUCAUUACCAGCCAGGAGCGGUUUGCAGCCAUCUCGAACAUGGCGCUGGAGCUACAGGAGAGUGAGAAAUGGUAUCACUGCGUUCAUGGGCACCUGUUUACCAUAGCGGAGUGUGGAGACGGGCAUCUUUGUCCUGAAUGUGAUGCCCAUUUUGAACUUUGA